CACACACACACACACACACACACCCACGCGCGCACUCGCGCUGACCUUCCCUGCCUGCCUCUCACCCCGGUCCACCAACUAUGCAAAUUUCCCACGACCAGGAAGUGAGCGGCCAGCCUUCAGCCCCCGGCAGGCUGUGAAAGCCGCCCAAGUUCCUCUCUGCACAGGAGCGAGGCUGGCGGUUCGGAGACUGCGACUUUCUGGUUCCCCUUCGGUGCGUUUUCAGUUCCCCUGUUUUUGAGAAACCGGCGUGGCAACUCAGAGACGCUCCUGCUGGGGUGUGGCUCUCUCCAGCCAUUGGGCUGAAGGACCGUGGACUUAAAUUGGCGGAGGAAGAGACCAAACCUGGAAAAGAAAUAUGGGAUGUAUCAAAUCCAAACAGAAAGAGAAUCUGCAUGGAGAUGUGAAGAUCGAACCAGUACGUAAAACUGAACGAACUAUUUAUGUGAGGGAUCCAACGUCCAAUAAGCAGCAAAGGCCAGCAAAUGAUGAUAUCCUUCUGCCAGGUCAGAGAUUCUCUAAGGAAGAGGAAAAGGAACAUCAGGACAUUGUGGUAGCCUUGUAUCCUUAUGAUGGCCUUCAUGAAGAUGAUUUGUCCUUCAAAAAAGGAGAAAAAAUGAGAAUUCUGGAGGAACAUGGAGAAUGGUGGAGAGCCAAGUCGCUUUUGACCAAGAAAGAAGGCUUUAUCCCAAGCAACUAUGUUGCAAAAGUUAACACCUUAGAAACAGAAGAAUGGUUCUUUAAAGACAUAACAAGGAAAGAUGCAGAAAGGCAACUUCUAGCACCUGGAAAUGCUCCUGGAGCAUUCCUUAUCAGAGAGAGUGAAACACUGAAAGGUAGCUUCUCUCUGUCCAUCAGGGACCGUGAUGAACAACAUGGUGAUGUUGUCAAGCACUACAAAAUCAGAAGUCUAGACAAUGGAGGAUAUUACAUCUCCCCAAGAAUUACUUUUCCCUGUAUCAAUGACAUGAUCAAACAUUACCAAAGGCAGCCAGAUGGUUUGUGCAGAAAGUUGGAGAAGGCAUGCAUCAGUCCCAAACCACAGAAACCAUGGGAUAAAGAUGCCUGGGAGAUCCCGCGGGACUCAAUAAAAUUAGUGAAAAAGCUUGGAGCAGGCCAAUUUGGAGAAGUCUGGAUGGGUUACUACAAUAACAAUACCAAAGUAGCAGUGAAAACCCUGAAGCCAGGGACUAUGUCUGUGCAAGCAUUCCUGGAAGAAGCCAACCUUAUGAAAACACUUCAGCAUGACAAGCUGGUCAGACUCUAUGCUGUAGUUACCAAAGAAGAACCUAUUUAUAUAAUAGCCGAAUUCAUGGCAAAAGGGAGCUUACUGGAUUUUCUGAAGAGUUCAGAGGGUGGAAAAUUACUGCUUCCAAAACUCAUUGACUUCUCAGCUCAGAUUGCAGAAGGGAUGGCAUAUAUAGAAAGAAAAAACUACAUACAUCGUGAUCUGAGAGCAGCAAAUGUUCUAGUUUCAGAGUCGCUAAUGUGCAAAAUUGCUGAUUUUGGACUUGCUAGAGUAAUUGAGGAUAAUGAAUAUACAGCCCGGGAAGGUGCAAAAUUCCCUAUCAAAUGGACAGCACCAGAAGCCAUUAACUAUGGCUCUUUUACUAUUAAGUCUGAUGUGUGGUCCUUUGGAAUACUUCUAUAUGAAAUAAUUACUUUUGGAAAAAUUCCUUAUCCAGGCAUGAGUAAUUCUGAUGUAAUGAUGGCUCUUCAACGUGGGUAUCGCAUGCCUCGCAUGGAAGCCUGUCCAGCUGAGCUCUAUGACAUCAUGAAAACAUGCUGGAAAGAUAAAGCAGAAGAGAGACCAACCUUUGAAUAUUUACAGAGUGUCCUUGAUGACUUUUACACAGCUACAGAAGGACAAUACCAGCAGCAGCCCUAGGAAAGAAAGGAGCUCCUUCUCCUUGCCUCUACUUGGUGUCGACCUCUUAAUGGAACAAUGUGGUUGAGCCAGUUACUUUUAUGCAUUAGGAUAUCCUAACUGCUUGUGGUUCCUGAAACUGAAGGCUGCAGCUCACGAGGAUGAUGCAAAUGAUCACUAUCCCAUUUAAAGCUUUAAAGUCCUCUAAGGACAAUGCCUUCUUUGUAUUUUGCUUAACACACACCCAGAUAAGAUGAACUAUUGACAGACCAGAAGAUCAAAAAGAAAAGCUGUCCCACUCCAAAUAAAAUUCAUGAGGCAGAGGCAGCUGCAAAUAUAAUGAACAGAAACAGGUGUUCAUGACAGUAACCAGAACUUGCCCACAUGGUCAGGUCACAACAUGCAUCCUAAAAAUGGUCUGUUCUAGGGCCAAACUAGAUGCUAUAGCUAUACAUGAGCAGUCCCGACCAAUUUAUUUUAACUGAAAAGCUUCUGAGACAUGGUAUGGAGGAAGGACUACAAAAAACAUCAUUUAUCUUCUAUUUAUUAGCUCAAAAUUACAUCUAUUCAAGCUGCUUGCCCACCUGCAGGAUAAAAGAUUCAGGACCUCCAUCUUUCAUCCUGCUUAAAUUGGACAGCAGCUUGGCGAGACACCACUGAAUGAACAAACAGUGGCAGAGGCAAUGUUUAAUCAGCCUGUCUACUCCCCUCCUCCAUUUAGUAGCUCACCCUGCUGCAACUGCUUUUCACUUUUUUAAAAAAAAUAAUGUGUGUGCUCAUCUAUGUGACAUGUAGUUUGGCCUUGGGUUUUUAAAAAGACAGCUCUUUCCUCUUGUGCCUUGCAAAAGUAGAUAUGAUGAGGGUGCUUAAACAGUAAAGGCUGCUGUAUCUAUACUAGUAUGUCUUUAAGAAAUAAGGUGGAAUUGCACUGUUGAAUGAUGUGAGUGAGAUAUCAGAAGAAAGUCAGGUUUUUUUUCAAUUGGAAACUGAUUUUAAGCAAGAAACUGCUUGCUAGGUUCACAUUACCUCCUUUCAAUCUGUAGAAACUGAAAAUGUGGUACAUUUAGCAGUGACAACCUAAAAAAAUAUUGAGCAUGGCUUUCUAGAUUGCCUGAUAAAGGUGAAAUAAGUGUGUGGUGUAGAAUCCCUUCUACCACUGUCCUUUUUAAAGGCAACACUUAAAACUGGGUAGUACUAAAUAUGCAAAGGUUAACUAGGCAGGUUUAACUUUAGAAUGGUCUUUCCUAGUAUUUCCUUCAUUUAUAGAAGCCUUGGGGUUUGGCCCUGUUCUCUGUACAGAGUUACUAUUUUGUCAAAUGACAUGUUGGUUUAAAAAGCACAGCUAAAAUAACUUUCCUUUAGGAAGUACACCCAGCUACUAUUAUAACAAAAGCCUAUAUAUUUUGUUGCACAUGUUACAUAGAAUGUCAGGGGGCAGGGAGAGACAAAUGCACUUGAAAAAUCAGGAUUGAAGAGCAUCCGUUGUAUAAAGCGAGGGUUGGAGUGAAGUUAUGAACUGGAUGAGAUCUCACUACUCUGUACUUUGGCUUUCUCCAAUUGGGUUAUGUUUUCUCUAUCUUGCUAAGAAUUAAAAGGACAACAUGAUUGAGAACUCUUCUGAAAUACUUAUUCACAACUUGGCUACUAUAGAAGCAUUGCAAUUCUAACUAUGUUCAGUUGCACAAACCAAUUUUUUUGUAGUACACAUGUUUACUAUUUUAAAGUGAAGGAAUCCAGCUAGCAAACUGGCAACCAGGUUGUCCACCUGUAAAUACUGUUUCCAUUUUAUUGUGAUUUUAAUAAAUAAGCAUUCUUGAAA